AUUGGUGAUAAGAUGUGUGAUACCGGUGCAUUGCAUCUUCCAAGCUUUCUGGACAAAACCAUCAUUUAUGGAUAUUUGAAAGCAGAGAGGAAAGAUGAGGAUGAAAAUGUUAUUCAUUACAGUACAUUUUGCUAUCUUUUGAGGAAUGUGUUUCCUUUUGUUAAAAUACCCAAGGUGAUGUGAAACUUUAGUAUUUGUAAUAUUAUUUUUGGAUGCUUAUGCAUGACUGAUCUAUUAAGAUGUCGAGAAGAAGGAUUUAUGUUAAAUCCGUGGAUCAGAUGGAAUUUCCCUGCUCCUUCAGAUUUCCGAAUGAGGACUUAAAAUCUAUUUUCACUGCUUUGAUUACUUUAACCUGAAGCUGCAAAAUAUAUGCACUGUAGCAAAGCAAUAUCUCAAAAAUGGUUAGAUGAUUGUCUUCCACAAGAAGUGUUAUUUUUCAGCAUAAAUAGAUAGUACUUUACUGCAGGUAAACCAAUUUACAAGAUGUGACUGCUGCACGGCAUUGGGUGAGGAGAAGAGAAAAGCUCAGGAUGAGGAUGUGCAAAAAUGCCUACCCAAGCUGUUUGAUUUCCAGAAUGAUCUUCAAAUGUAAGUACUAAUUUCUUUUAAGACAUAACUUUUGAUGACUGCUUCCUGAUAUAUCUGUCAUGUGAUAUAUAUUUUUAUAGGAAAGAGAGAAAAGUGUAUUACCAUCAAGAAGACAAAGCUAAGAAGUAUCCACAAUAAUAAGCAUGUAUUGCACAAGAUGGCAUGGAUCAGGCAAAGCAUCUCCUUCUACAAUUAGUAGUUAUUGUGCAUGCAUAUGCUCGUGCAAGAAAACUGCAAAACUCAUAUGACUGGUGUGUUAAACCAUGGGAGGUAGCCUAAAGGCUAUUUUAAUGUAUUCCAAUUUUCCCAUGAUACAAACUUCACCAUAAAUAUGUUACUCCUGGAAUUACAAAGCAUGGGAGAGGACCUGACAGAUACCUUUUGCCUACAAAUGGACAACUGCUGGAGGGAGAAUAAAAAUCAAUAUGUGCUAAACUUUUUAGCUCUUCUUGCAAAGCUUGACAUAAGAAGCUUCUCAAAAGAAAAUGAAAUUUUAAAGUGGUACAUUUGAAUGAACAGUUAGUUUAAAUAUUUAAAUGUUAAUAUGUAACAUUUUACUGAACUUUGAGGUGGGGAUUGCUCUGAUCAUGCAUGGGCAACAAAAUUCCUUCAAAUUCAAUUUUCAUCUUUGCAGGUGAAACUGAAUUUCUUAAUGGUUGGACACACUCAUGAAGCUGUUAACCAGAUGUUUAACAAGUAAGAAUCAGAGUUUCAUUUUUAUUAUAUUAAGUUGAGAAGAAAACUCUCAUUAAGAAUAGUUAAAUGGUAGAACUAUCUCAUUAAUGCUGCCGAAACACUCAGCUAUAGUUGCACUACUAGGAUGACACUUUGUUGUCAGCUUCAAAGUUCUAAUUUUACACCUAUGGUUUUUUUUACUUCAUAUUCAUAUUUAAUUGUCUCACAGGCUUUCUGAAUUUCUGGCAAAGAAGGACACAAGAACCUUCAAAGGUACUGUUAUGAUGACUGCAAUCAACUUUUAGCUUGGAAAAUAAUUGCUAUGAAUUUCUCUUUAAAAUUUGACCAUCUGUCAUUUGACCUUAAUAUUACAGUUGGAUUGAUGUGCAUAAUUAGUAUGAUCAUAGUUGUGUUUUAACCCUUUAAUUGAUCAAUGUGUAUCCUCUCUUGACAAUAUGGAUUGAUCCAUUAUCCAAAAUUUUUUUUUUAUUAAAAUUUUUUCUCUCCUUAUUUUAUAGCACUCAUGACAUCCUUUGAGAGAUGUUACACCCCAUCUCCAAAGGCUGUAGAGGUUGAGCAUGUGUUUGCUCUUAAGGAGUGGAUGUCAUCCUUUUCAACCAUGCUUCACAACAUUUCAAACCCUCAUGCAUUUAAAUUUGCAAAAGCUCCAUCUAGAAAAGUUGUCAUCCAGUACAAGAAUUGGGAAAGUGAUAAACAGGAAAACCGGAAACCCUUUAGCCCUGAUCCAGAGCAGUGGUUAACCAUAGUGAGAGUAAGUGGAAUCUGCCAUGCAAUGAAGAAUGAUUAAAAACAAAAAAAUCCAAACAAUACCUUUAAUUGAUAACUAUACUCUUUUCAUAGAUACCUGUUUUGCUCAGUUCUAGUGCAGUGGUCUUGCAUUUUGUAACUGGCGUUACACAAGGCAUACCAAUAAUAAAAAA